ACAGAAAUUUAUUUUGUUUGAGUGAAGGUUUCUCUCUUUGUUAAAACCCUCUGAUUUCACUCCUCAGCCUCAAAUUCGGAACCUCUUUCCACCCUGCAUCUCAAUUGUGUUUGAUCGGUCAUCGGCUGUUCACGUUGCCAGUUGCUGAUCACCGUUCCUUUUUUCAUCUAGGAUUGAAAUGCUAUAUUCACGAACCUGAGGAUUCAAAGCUCUAGUCCUGGCACAGUGUUACAAGUUCAUGAUGGAUUUGAGGUUUAACCGUAAUAAAUGGGUUGGGAAUAUUUACCAGAAGUUUGAAGCAGUGUGCCACGAAGUGGAUGAUAUUGUAUGCCAGGAUGCUAAAAAAUAUCUUGAGAAUCAGGUACAGAAUGUUGGAGAUAGUGUGAAAAAGUUUUAUUCUGGAGUUGUACAUGAACUGCUCCCCUUAAAUUCAUCGGUCAAUUCACAAUAUGAAGAUCAUCUUCUAGUAGCUGAGACAAAUAAAAUUGACUUUUCAGUAGAUUCUGUUUGUAAAGAUAAUAAUAAAAAAAGGGAUGAGGAAAAUCCCAUCAAUCAUUAUCAUGUGGCAUUGAUGAAUUCCAAUGCCAAUGAUAUUGCUGAUCAUAAGCAACACGGUGUUCCUGUCAAAAACAUCGAUGAAUUGGGUUUGUUUUCCCUGGAGUUGGAAGGUUCUUGCAUCACCAAAGAAGAAGUUGGUGUUGACUCAAGUGGAACUUCCAAGUCUAAGAAAGAAAACUUCCACAUCAGCUUUGAAGAGGCUUCCAUUGGUAUUGCUGAUUAUAAUCAAGAUGGCGUUCCUGUCAAGAACAUCCUUGCAAAUCAAGAGAGUGAUGAAUCGUGCUCAGUUUCCCUGGAGUUGGAAAAUUCUUGCAUCACUCAGGAAGAAGUUGGUCUUGACUCAAGAGGAACUUCUGAGUCUGAGAGAGAAAACUUCCACACCUGCUUUGAAGAGUUUGCUGCUGAGUCUGAUCCUAAACCAAUGAACUUGAUGUCUGUUGGAGAGAAAGAAUCCCUGGAAUUCCCAAUACACAGUGAAUCUUCUUGUGAUACUUUUGACAGUGGAUGGGAAGUUUCAAUCAAAACAAAGGUUAGCAUAGACGAGAAUGCAGGGAAAAACUCAUGUCUGAUUGCUGAUGAAAAUGCUAUGAAUUCAUCCCCCUCCCAGGCGUGGAGUCCCCAUAGUCUUGACGAGGAAAUUCCAAUUAAUUAUUUUUCUUUGGCAUUGCACGAUACUAAUGGCACUUCUAUUGCUGAUAUUCCGAAAGUUGGUGUUCAUACCAGGAACGUAAAUCAAGUUAGUGACGAAUCUUGCACAGUUUCCCUAGAGAUGGAAGAUUCUUACAUUCCUCAGGAAGAGGUUGGUGAUGAAUCCAGAGGAACUUUUGUAUCUACAAAAGAAAACAUCCAUACAGGCAGUGAAGUGGUUGCUCUUGAAUCUGUUCCUAAACCAUUGAACAUGAUCUCUGUUGGAGAGAAAGAAUCCCUGGAAUUUCCUAUACACCGAGAACCUUGUUUUGAUUCUUUCGACAGUCGAUCCAAAGUUUCAAUCAGAACAAAUGAUAACAGAGAUGUGAAUCCACCACAAAAUUCACGCUUGACUGUUGAAGAAAAUGCUAGGAAUUCAUCCACAUCCCAAGUGUUGAGUUCCCAGUCUCUAGAUGAGGAAGAAUCAACUAAUGUUUCCUUGUUUAGGGAAUCAUCUAAUGCCAACCAGAACACACAUGGUAUACUAGCUGAAGUUUCAUCUGAUGUUUCAGUGUCAAGUGAAAGGCCUAUGACAAGGACAGAACCUUCAUGUUCCAGUAGUUCCUUAUCUUCGGGCAGUCUGUAUUCGGAGUCGCAUGGAAGAUACUCCUUUGAAAAUGAAUCUUGCAAAAGAAAUCCAGGUGAUGCUUCUCCGUGUAUUUCAGAUAGUUUUGUUUUGCCUGGAUGUUGUGAAUCUUCCACCCAUCCAGCUGGUCAAGUCACGGAACCUCAGAGUGGUCUGGUGUUCUCUGGUUUCUGUCAAUCUAUGGGAUCAAAAGAUAAAUCUCUGAUGAUUUCCCUUGAAUCCUGCACUGAAGUCAUUCAAUUGAAGGAUGAUGAUCCGAAGCUGGAGAAAAGCUGUGUAAAUGUGGUUGAUAGUGAACUCCAUGCAGUUGCCUGUAGAACUCGAAAGCUUCGAUCAUAUAAGAAAAGAAUCCAGGAUGCAUUUGCUUCAAAGAAGAGGUUAUCCAAGGAGUAUGAACAGUUAGCAAUAUGGUAUGGAGACUGUGAUAUUGAGCCUAGACAUGAUUUUUCGGAAACUUUAUUACCAUUAAGCACCAGAACGGAUAUGGAAUCAAACAAUGUGCAAGAGGAGCAUGAUUCAGAAAGUUUCCAUUCCCAGCUCCUGAAGAUGGAAAAUCAGUUGUCAUUUUUGGGAACUGUCCAAAUACAAAUGAAGGAAAAUGAAUUGAAUGAGUUAAAGCAUGCCUGCUUCUAUUAUUUUUCCUUUUCACAUCAUUCAUUGUAGUUCACUUUUGCAUUUUCAAAAAACUCUGGGGGUUUGAGGAUACAAGCGCGCUUGACCUUUUGGUUUCUACAUCACUUGUUUUAAAAUAAUUUUCAGUAGAUUUUGAAUGAAAAAUUAAAUUCCUAGUAAAUUAUUCUAGAAAAAAAAAAUUGGAGCCAAAAAGUGAAAAAGGGAAUUACAUGUUAUAAGAUAGAAAAACAUUUUGUUUUUAUCCUUAGGACACUUUUAAGAACCUAUAAGAACUGUUAAACAAUCUCAUCUUAUGUCCUCAAGAAAUAAGCUGUGCUUUAUUUAUAUC